UCCCAAAACGUGAUAUUUCUGUAUAAAAGCAAGAACAAAACGUUUGUUCUCAGUUUCCCGAAGGACGGUCAAGGUCGACUAAGUUGGGUUAAUAGAGCAGUAGAAACCACACCAGCCUGCCUGCUGUACAUGAGGACAUUUUCAGCAACAUUUCUGGUGUGCACAUCUGUUUCCUCUUCUGCUCUCCACCAUGAAGAUACUGGCUUUGGGAUUUUGUGUGAUGUCUAUGCUGGCAUUAGUAAAGGCUCAAGGAAACGGCACUGAUUUUAAUGCAACUAACGCAAUAGCCGCAACUCCACCUGCCACCACCAGCUCUAAGAAUGACUCCACCAGCAGCACAACUGUUCCGACCACCUCCACCUUUACGCCAACACUCACCACUGCAAUCGUCUCCCAAAGUGUUUCUACACCAGACAACUCAACACCAACACCUCCACCCGCCACUACAAUCGUCUCCCAAAGUGUUUCUACACCAGACAACUCAACACCAACACCUCCACCCGCCACUACAACCGUCUCUCAAAGUGUUUCUACACCAGACAACUCAAUGUCAACACCUCCACCUGCCACUGCAACCGUCUCCCAAAGUGUUUCUACAACAGCCAACUCAAUGUCAACACCUCCACUCACCACUGCAACCGUCUCCCAAAGUGUUUCUACAACAGCCAACUCAAUGUCAACACCUCCACCCACCACUGCAACCGUCUCCCAAAGUGUUUCUACAACAGCCAACUCAAUGUCAACACCUCCACCCGCCACUGCAACCGUCUCCCAAAGUGUUUCGACCACAACCUCUACACCAACGACUACAACCACCACCAAGAAUAGAGGCUCCAAGGUGAAAGCUUCUCAGCUGAUUUCUGUUUGGCUGCUGUUGCUCUACAUGCUCUGCCACUGAGCAGCAGCCGGCAAAACUCGCUCAAGGACUAAACUCAAGGACUGAAAAGAGUAAAAUCUUGGAUGAAACCUUUUAUAUGUACAGUAAUAAUAAUAAUAAUGUUUUAUUUAUAUUGUAAGUACAUUAAUUAAUGUAUUAAUGUACAUAAGUACAUUAAUGAACUAGAAAUGUAAUAUAAUGGAUGUGAACUCUAUGUGGUAUUAGGAAUAACAGAUUAUUGAGAAAGAGAUGUGAGGAAUGAGGCUACUCAUAUAAGUGUGUGAGCUCCCUUCUUCAUUGUUUUUAAGUCUAAAAUCUGUGUGAGAUGUUGACACAAGAUAGAAAAGACCAGAGCGUACAGUUUUUAACUAUUUUAUACACAUACACAGGAGACACACACUAUUUACUCAGGAAUCAACAUUCAUUUAAAAAAAAGAGAUUUAUGAGCAGUGUUUGGGAAAAAUACCGUGUGAACAUCAGGAUGAAGGGGAAGUCUUGUGACAAAAAAUAAAAGUAACAAAAGCAUAAAACCCACCUGCACUCAUUACGUAACUCAUCCAAGUUGGAUGCAUUCAAAACAAGGCUAUGCAAAGCUUCCAUGAGCCUCCAUAAAAGGUGAAAAUUUGGUUAAGGUUUAUUUUUGCAUUGUGCCAGGAGGGGGGGAAAAAAGAACUAUAUAAAUUUACAUUAAAAAAAUUAGCUGCUUAAAAUUUGUAACUUUUGUUCAAUCUUCAGAUCGACAGAUGGCCAGUAGAGCCUGCAGAUGAUCUCCUUUGAAUUGUUUCUGUGGGAAAAAAGAUCACAUGUAACUAUUAAUAUAAUUUUUAACUAAAAGAAACUCUGAUUUAAAUAUUUAAUUUAGGGAAAUGCCAAUCAUGCCAGUACACAUACUGUAUGUUUAUGCAAGUACUUUAAGGUGUCGUGCCUAGCGCAGUUUUAGGCGUGUGACCGACCUGCAGAGCAGUGUAGAGAGAAGUGCCUGUUAAUUUCAGGUAGGCAGCGCGGAUGCACAGUAGAUCUUCCUCACAGUGAGACACCAUAAUGCCCUGCACUAUCGGUGUCUGAAAGAAAAGUCAAAUAUUUUGCAUUCCAAUUUGGCACGCAUGUAAAAAAAAAAAAAAGCUGAUGAUAUUUCAUGCAAAUUUGUGAU